AAGACAGAUCGCAAAGAGGGGGAAAAAAAAAUCUUCGAAAAGGUAUGUUUCAAAGCCCUAAUCCAAGCUCUCUGCCGAUUGCGUUUGCUGUAGAAACCGAACAUCCCGUGUUUUGAUUGAACUCGGCGAGCUUAGUUUGUAAUUUAUGUGGAUUGAUUAGGGUUUGACUUCUCGUUGAAUUUUCGAGAAAUUGAGCUGGUGUAUGUUCUGUGUUUCACGUGGAUUGAUUAGGGAUUGACUCUCGCGUUGUCGAGAAAUUGAGCUGGUUUGGAUUGAUUAGGGAUCGACUUCGCGUUGGAAUUUCGAGAAAUUGAGCUGGUUUGGAUUGAUUAGGGCUUGACUUCGCGUUGAAAUUUCGUGAAAUUGAGCUGGUGUGUGUGUUCUGUGUGUUUCUCUGCGAUAAUUUGGUUGAGGUGUGGUGCAAUGUUGGGGGAUGGGAAUGAGGGAUCGGAUGAGGAUAAAUUGGGGGAUCGUGAGGUUUACAGUAGAACGGCGUCGUUUAAAGUGCUUGAAAACAGUCACAGCAGUAGUAAUUUGUUGAUGGAGCAGCAGCAGCAGCUGAAGUCUCAAGCUAUGGUCACAGAUGGCUUGAAUUCUAUGAGAAGAAUGCAUGAUUCUGGUGUUGAUGUGGGGCGUGAUGGCUUUGUUGGGAUAAAUUUGUCUAGGAAGUCGAAGCGUGAUGCUCUGGAGCUGAGGAGGAAGCUGGAGAGCGAGAGGGAUAAGGUGCGGAGCUUGAUGAGGAGGAUUGAGUCGCUAAAGAAUGGGGUUCAGGGAUUUGGUGGUAGGGAUGGGGAUAGCGUAGCUGCGGGAUUGGGGACGCCUCGGAUGUUGAAGCCGUUGAAUCCAUUGAGUGUGGUUGUGAAUGAGAAUGGCAAGCCGGGGAAUGAUACUGUUGAGAAGGAGAAAAGGACUCCAAAGGCAAGUAAAUUAUAUGGAAAUACCGAGUUUUUGCUUGCGAAGGACAGGAUUCCGCCCGGUGAAAGUAACAAGAAAUUGAAGGCGAACGGGAAGAAGGGAGGAGGAAGUGGGGCGGGGAAGGGGAAUUUUCCGAAUCAUGUUUUGAAGAGCUGUAACGCGCUCUUAGAAAGAUUGAUGAAGCACAAGCAUGCUUGGGUGUUUAACAAGCCAGUUGAUGCAGUUGCUCUUGGUUUGCAUGACUAUUUCGAGAUUAUUAGAAACCCUAUGGACCUCGGUACUGUGAAAGGCAGGUUAACGCAGAAUUGGUACAAGUCCCCUAUGGAGUUUGCUGAGGAUGUCGUGCUUACGUUUCAGAAUGCUAUGACAUACAAUCCGAAAGGGCAAGAUGUUUAUGUGAUGGCUGAGCAGCUGUGCAAAUUAUUCGAGGAUAAAUGGGCUCCCAUAGAGGCGGGUUAUAAACGUGAGAUGAAUCUAGCUGCGGAAUAUGAUGUGGGGCCACCAACGCCUACAUCUCGGAAGGCUCCUCAGCAGCCAAGGGCACGGCCUGAUAUGGAAAAGCCUUUAGAUAGAUCAGCAAUGGCCUACUCGGGUGAUCCAAAAAGAAAGAAACCGAGUAGUGCACUGUCUGGCAAGGUUCAUGCGCCAAAGAAGCCAAAGGCGAAGGAUCCGAAUAAAAGGGAGAUGACAUAUGAUGAAAAACAGAAACUUAGCAUAAACUUACAGGAGUUGCCUUCUGAGAAGCUAGAAAAUGUUGUUCAUAUCAUUAAGAAGAGGAAUCCGUCUGUUUCCCAGCAAGACGAUGAGAUUGAGGUUGACAUCGACAGUGUUGAUACUGAAACUCUUUGGGAGCUUGAUAGAUUCAUCGCAAAUUAUAAGAAGAAUUUGAGCAAGAACAAAAGAAAGGCUGAAAUUGUCAGUAAUUUAGUAGCUGGUCAGGAGCAGAUUCCCAAUGAUAUGGUUGCUACCUCUGUCGUAACGGAAAUGCCAAUAGCAAGUAGAACAGAUGAAGAGAAAAUUGCCUCACCUCCUGCUGAAGUAGAAGUGCCGGACGUAGAGCACAGUGAUAAGAACCAAGGAGCCAGCCAAAACAGCUCUAGCUCUGAUUCGGGAUCUUCUUCCAGUGAUUCUGAAGGAGAAACUUCCUCAGCAGAUGGCUCUGAUGGCGAACACUCACCUGAGAAUUGAGUUAUCGAGAUAUUGGCAGAUCUCACCCUGACGAUAAGGCUAGAAGUGUACACUUGAAUGAUUGGAAUUCUUGGUCAUUUGCUCAAUCUGUAAAUACCUGUAGUGGUAACUGUAGAUUUUUGCUAAGCAGAUGUGUGUGGUAAUCACGUUCGUCGCGUAGAGAUACGUUGCUCACAGGUAGUCGUUUGUAUGAUAUGUUUAGGCCCGAUAGCACAACUCUUGAUCUGUAAUUACAUGAAAGCUCCGUCUUCCCCCAGACGUUGUCCGUGUUCGGGUUUUGUUGAUGUCUAUAAUCGGCUCCACCGGUGCCCGGUUAGACUCUCUCAUUUGAAUCGUUGUCCUGUGUUUGUGUACAUAAAGAUUGCAAAUUACAAA